AAAAAAAUCUUAUAAUAUCUGCCCCUUUUUUCCUCAAGAAUAAGUUCAUAAAAAAUAAGUCAGCCUGAAGAAACUUUAAAUAAGAAGACCUGGUCCAAGUUUUCAUUUAUCCUCUUCUUCAAAAUCCAGUUUGACCCAGAACCCCAAAAGGUUCUUCAGCUCUGGCCCAGUUACAGGAUGUCUCCUGUCCUCUCUGUCCUCAGGGAGCAGAUCCUGCGGGUGAAGGAGGAGGAAGGCAUCCCUCUGCUCCUGGUGGGGAACAAGUCAGACCUGGAGGACCGCAGGAAGGUUUCUGGGGACGAGGCAGCAGUCAAGGCCGGCGAGUGGGGCGUUCAGUACGUGGAGACGUCGGCCAAGACCCGCGCCAACGUGGACAAGGU